AUCAGUAUUUUUAUUUUUUUUUAAUCUUUACUUCCCAAUCUUCUGUUGAGUGUUUAAGCUUGGAGCCCAGUUUUCAGAACAUGACGCUUAAAAUCAUCAUUUUCAUCUUAAACUUUUAAUAUGCCUUUAUCAGAAGACAAGAGAGAGUAAUCUUAAAACAAUAUCUUACCGUGGCUGAAAUUUCCAGAGCGAUAACUCGUAUUUAUCUAUUUAUUUAUUUUUCACAAUAUAUACUUACUAUAAAACUAGUUUUGUUUUUCUCUAUCUCUGUUCAGUUACAUAAUUUCUCAGUGCUUCUCUUCCUAACCCUCUUGUAUUUGUACAAAAAAAUUAAGGUAGCAUUAAUUGGUCGUGCAAAAUAAACUUUUCUCUUCUACUGAUAGCUGCAUUGACUUGUGGCUGCUCAUCUAAAAAGAAACGAAUAUCACAAGGAAAAGCAUUAACUUGGCGGUUCUGUGCACAAACUUGAAGUCCUGUUGCUUCAAGAUAUAUAUACAUAUAUAUGGUGUUUCAGUUCUAUUUUUCCACCAGGUGCUGCUUCAAUUACUGCAUACAAAUGGGCCCACGCAGCAUGCGAAUUGCAACAGAAACCACCGUCUUUCUGUUGUUGUUGUUAUUGUGUCUCUCUUACGUUUCCACAGCACAGGAUAUUUACCACCCCGCUGAGCAUUUUACCAUCUUGUGUGGCUCCUCCACCAAUCUCUAUGCAGAUGGUGGUCGGAACUGGACUGGGGACAACAACAUGAAACUCCUCUCAGAAAACAAUGGCUCUGUUUCUGUACCCGCACCCACAUCACCCACCAUACAGGGCCCAUACACCUCAGCUCGUCUCUCUAGGUCCCAAUUCACCUACUCGUUCCCUGUCACCCAAGGCCAAAAGUUCCUUCGCCUCUUCUUCUACUCCACUUCAUACCAAAACUUCGAUCGCCAUGCAGCCUCUUUCUCAGUCAAAUCAGGCAAAUUCACCCUCCUCAAAGAUUUCAACGCUUCGCUUCAUGCUGAUGCUGAAGACAACGACAACGAUAUCCUGUUCAGAGAGUACUGCAUCAACGUCCAAGAUGGUGAGAGACUCAACAUAACCUUCAUUCCAAGCACCAAAGAUAAUUCCUACGCUUUCAUUAAUGGAAUCGAGAUCGUGUCGAUGCCUGAUUUUCUCUACUAUACAAGACCCAACGACGACAGUGGAUUCCCGCAACUUGUUGGGCACAACAACCAAUACCAAAUCGUAAACAACUACGCUCUGGAGAACAAGUACAGGUUAAGAGUUGGAGGACGAGAAAUACCACCCUUUAACGACACAGGCAUGUUCAGGACUUGGCAACCUGAUGACAAAUACCUAACUACAAAAGGUGACAAAUUUUACAGUGCUGAUAUUGAACGUACAAGGAAUCUCAGCUUCACUAAGGCCACUCCUGAAUACGACGCACCGGACGAAGUGUACCGAACCGUACGGAAUAUGGGACCGAAUCCCACUUCUAACAUGGAAUUCAACCUCACUUGGCAGCUUCCCGUUGAUUUGGGCUUCUCUUACUUGCUACGGUUACACUUUUGCCAGCUUGACUGGAAUGUUGACAGUCCCGGUGACGUGAAAUUCUACAUUUUCGUAGCGGAUCAACUGGCUACCGAUGACGCCGACGUUCUUUUGUGGACCAAAAACAAGGGUGUGCCCGUCGUUAAAGAUUACGUUGUUUCCAUCCCACCCAAUAACAAUAAUUCAAACCUUUCACUCAAACUGCAUCCUCACCCUACAAGCCUCAUCAAGGACGCCACUCUAAACGCAAUUGAACUCUUCAAAAUCAACGAUUCAACGGGUAGUCUCGCUGAACCCAACCCGUACGCUCCUCCACAAACCUCUCAGAUUCCCUCGCCACUCUCAAACAGGGAAACAAGACCCAACAGAAGAAUCCUUGCUGACGCCGUCGCUGCUGCUGUUUCCUGUGUCGUUUUGCUAUCAUGUAUCGUCGCUCUCUUCUUCAUCAAACGCCGCAGGAACGUCGUCGGCGACAAGGGUUUCUCCAAGAGAAAACACGGAACUUCUCGCGGCAGUGCCUCGUCUUCCCUACCCACCAACCUCUGCCGCCACUUCUCAAUCGCGGAAAUCAGAGCCGCCACCAACAACUUCGACGAACUCUUCGUCGUUGGCGUGGGAGGAUUCGGCAACGUGUACAAAGGCUACAUCGACAACGGUUCAACACGUGUCGCGAUCAAAAGGCUGAAACCUGGUUCUCAGCAAGGCGCGCACGAGUUCAUGAACGAGAUCGAAAUGCUCUCUCAACUUCGCCACCUCCAUUUAGUUUCCCUGAUCGGUUACUGCUAUGAAAGUAACGAGAUGAUCCUGGUUUACGAUUUCAUGGAUCGAGGAACCCUCCGUGACCAUCUCUACGACACCGAUAACCCUUCCCUGUCGUGGAAGCAAAGGCUUAAGAUCUGCAUAGGUGCUGCACGUGGGCUGCACUAUCUGCAUACAGGUGCGAAGCACAUGAUCAUUCACCGUGACGUGAAGAGCACGAAUAUCCUAUUGGACGAAAAAUGGGUAGCGAAGGUUUCAGACUUUGGGCUUUCGAGAAUUGGGCCCACGGGAACUUCAAUGACCCACGUGAGCACUCAGGUAAAAGGCAGCGUGGGAUAUUUGGAUCCAGAGUAUUACAAACGACAGCGUUUAACGGAAAAAUCUGACGUGUACUCGUUUGGAGUGGUGCUUUUGGAGGUAUUGUCUGGGAGACAGCCUUUGCUAAGAACGGUGGAGAAGCAUCGAAUUUCACUUGUUGAUUGGGCGAAGCGUUGCUUUCAUUUGGGGACUAUGAGAGACAUUGUGGAUCCAACGCUGAAGGGUGAGAUUGGAGGCGAGUGUUUCCGCAAGUUCGGUGAGAUUGCUCUCAACUGUUUGCUUGAGGAUGGGUCUCAACGCCCUUCCAUGAACGACGUCGUUGGGGGGCUCGAGUUUGUUCUUCAGCUUGCCGAAUAUAAUGCUGUUAAGGGAGUGGUGGAGCUUGCCGCCAAUGUUUAUGAAGAUAGUGAUGCCACGUUUAGCAGUAGCCAAAGUAGUACACAUGUUUCCGAUUAUAGUAAGAGCACUGGAUUUAGCACGACAAGUGAUGGAGAUGGUAGCAUUGGCAGUAAGGAAUCCCACAGGUUGAUCUCCGGAAAUGUUUUCUCCGAGAUUAUGGAACCAAAGGGACGAUGAUGAGGUUAGAACAAUGUGCCAGUUCCGCCAUGCGUUUGCUGUUUAAGAUGAAUAAGAUAUUGAAUCUCUGUAUGUUUUGCAUUUUAAUUUCAACCUUAGAGAAGAGAAAUAGUAUUUGUGUGUAAUCUUUUUAGAUAUUCUUUGUCUGUAGUAAGAAGGAGAAAAGUGUGCGACGAUAGAAAAAAAAUAAUGUUAUGGAAAUACGCAUAAAAAUUAAUAUUGUAAAAUAUGUUGUAAAAAACUUUUAAGAAAAUUAUAUUUAUAGCAUGACGCUAUGGUUAUAUA